UCCAGGGGUGUAUGUGAUUCCCGGGCUGGUAGGCGAGGUUUGCGAGCUUGUGGUGGGGGUCAGACAGCUGUCCGGAUCUCGCUCUGUGCAGUUUUCAUAUAUGGUCACGUAAUCAUGGCAACCUUGACGUACCCAUUCUAAAAACAGACCAGACACUACAGGAGCGCGUGGGUUACGGCGACGAAGCGUUUUGUACGCGUCCCACACGGGGAGACAGCAUUACAACUGCAUUUCUUUUGCAAGAAAAAAUAAAUAAAAUAAACAGAGCAGCCAGCACACACCAGAGUGUGUUCACCAAGCGCGUGCGCUCCGCUUGAUGAGCGUGGGUUUAUUAUUGUCCAAGAACGCGCGAGACCAUGGAGAGUUUGGAGAGGCAGCUGAUAUGCCCUAUUUGCCUUGAGAUCUUCACCAAACCGGUGGUGAUCUUACCGUGCCAGCACAACCUCUGCCGCAAAUGUGCCAAUGACAUCUUUCAGGUCUCAAACCCCUACUUGCCCACACGAGGAGGUUCUUCAUUGGGCUCUGGCGGCCGGUUCCGCUGCCCAUCCUGUAGGCAUGAAGUGGUUCUGGAUAGACAUGGGGUGUAUGGCCUGCAGAGGAACCUGCUGGUGGAGAACAUCAUAGAUAUGUACAAACAGGAAUCCAGCAGCAGCAGUAAGCCUGAACCAGAACUGAAGAACGAUGUGUUGAUGUGUGAGGAGCAUCAGGAUGAGAAGAUGAAUAUAUAUUGUGUGACAUGCUCUGUUCCCACAUGUUCACUAUGUAAAGUCUUUGGGAGUCAUCAGUCCUGUGAAGUUGCUCCACUCAAAUCUGUCUACGAAACCCAGAAAACCGAGUUGUCUGAUGGCGUUGCUGUGUUGGUUGGCAACAAUGACAGAAUUCAGGGCAUCAUCAGUCAGCUGGAGGAAAGCUGCAGAGCUGUGGAGGAGAAUGGUCGAAGGCAGAAGUCUCGUGUAUGUGAGUGGUUUGAUCGUCUGUACGCUCUUCUGGAAGAGCGCAGAGGAGAACUUACACUGAAGAUCACCGCAGAACAGCAGGAGAAACUUGACUACAUCGGUGGCCUACAGCACAAGUACAGAGAUCACCUGGAUAACACAGCCAAACUAGUGGAGACAGGAAUUCAGACGAUGGAGGAAUCUGAGAUGGCAAUCUUUCUGCAGAACACGAAGCCUCUACUACAAAAGAUAGCAGAAGGCAGGAAUGUGUCUCAUUUAGAAAAGGUGGAACGUGGUUAUGAAAAUAUGGAUCAUUUUACUGUAAACUUCAGCCCUGAACGAAGAGCAAUACUCAGCAUAGAUUUUACCAAGGAUGGUGAUGACAAUGAAGAGGAUGAUGAGGAGGAAGAAUUAGCAGUUACUGUUAAUCCAGAGACUCAGACAUCUUCAGUGGCUACUCCUGCCCCAACCCAGCAGAGACAAACCCCUGUACCGAACCCUCCACCCAUGGCAGCUUUAGGGGCUACGCCCAUCCCAACCCUGCAGAGACAAACCCCUGUACCAAACCCUCCACCAAUGGCAACUGAUACCUCCCAGAUGUCAUCAAAACCUAGCCAAUCAGUGAACACCAACUCAGCAGAGAGCACACCCUUAUUUACACCCACUCCAGACGUCUGUCUCAACUCUUCCACAGACGCACCUGCUCAGGUAACUGCCGGUCCCAGCCAGACAUCUGAGGAUGGCCCACGCCACGUUUUCUCUUUUUCCUGGUUAAAUACGCCAAAAUAAUACCUGACUAUAUUAGUAAACCUGCAACGUCACAGUGACUUUCCAGAAAACCUAUUGUACUUCAUAACUAGGCUAAUAUUUUGUUACUUUGACAGUCAUAUACAUUUAAUAGCAAGGUAGAAAUUGGAAAAGAUAAAAAAA